AUGGCUACCACAAGUUCUCUCUCUGUGCCCUUUCCCCGUCUCAAACUAAAACUUUGUGUGACUUUCAUUGCAUGUGUUAUUGGGGUUACUUCAGCUCAGUUAUCCUCUGACUUCUAUGAUGAAAGUUGUCCCGGAGCCCUUUUCGUCAUAAUGAAAGCAGUGAGAGAAGCUGUACACAAUGAGCCUCGCAUGGGGGCAUCCUUGCUCCGACUCCAUUUCCAUGACUGCUUCGGAUGUGAUGCAUCAGUAUUGUUGGACGACACGGAUACUUUCACUGGGGAGAAGAAUUCAUUUCCAAAUGCUAACUCCCUUAGGGGUUUUGAUGUGAUAGAUAACAUAAAAUCACAGUUGGAGAACAUGUGCCAAGGCGUUGUCUCUUGUGCUGACAUAUUAGCCGUUGCUGCGAGAGAUGCUGUUUUUGAACUUGGUGGACCAAAAUGGGACGUACCAUUAGGCAGAAGAGAUUCAACCACAGCAAGUUUAGCUGAAUCUAACUCAGACUUACCAGCUCCUUUUUUGGAUCUUGAUGGCCUCAUCACUGCUUUCGCCAAGAAAAAUUUCAGUCCCCAAGAAAUGGUUAUUUUAUCAGGUGGUCACACAGUAGGAGUAGUGAGGUGCUUUUUCUUCAGAAAUAGGAUUUAUAACGAGAGCAACAUUGACCCGAGGUUUGCAAGACAAAUGCAAUCAAAGUGUCCCUCAGAAGGUGGUGAUAACAAUUUAGCUGCUUUCGAUUCGAGCAGUCCAUUCAAAUUUGACAAUUCGUAUUUCAAGAACUUGUUGCAGCAAAAGGGUCUUGUCCACUCGGACCAACAACUCUUCACCAACAUCAAUGGAACUGCUACCCUCACAAGCGAUCUAGUGCUUAAAUAUAGCAGAGGCAUGGGGAAUUUCAGGAAGGAUUUCUCAGAUGCAAUGUUGAAGAUGAGCCUCAUUACCCCACUCACUGGCUCAGACGGUGAGAUCAGGCAAAACUGCAGACUAGUCAAUCCACCUUCAACUUCAACUUCAACUUCAACUUCACCUUCACCUUCACCUUCUACUUCUACUUCACCUUCACCUUCAGCUUCUACUUCUACUUCAGCUUCACCUGCAACUUCACCUUCAGAUUCACCUUCAAUCUCUUGA